UUGACCCGUCUAUCGUAAUCGGACCUUAUCUUCUAGGGUUUUCUCUGCGUUAUCAAUUUCUCUUGUUUGUGUUCUGAGAAUUUGGAUCUUCGAUUUUCGUUUUCGAGUUGAGUGAGGGAAAAGUAUCAUGGUGGGAUUUAAAAAUAGAUACAUGGUGAUGGAGGUUUUUGUGAAUCCUAAUAGAGACAAUGUGGGCGAUGAUGUUAUAAUUACCCAAUUUAAUGUCUCCAAAGCUAUAAAAGACAGCAUCUUGUUGAAUUUUGGGGAGUGUGGUUUGGGUUCAUCACUGGGAUCAUUCCAGGUCAAGUAUGUGAAUCCAAUCACGAACAUGUGUAUUAUUAGGGCUUCAAGAGAUGAGUAUCAAAAAGUAUGGUGUGCCAUUACAAUGGUCAGAAAUAUUGGAAACUACCCAGUGAUGUUUAACUUGUUGGAUUUAUCUGGAAGUAUAAAGGCUUGUAAAACUGCUGCCUUGAAGUGUGAGGAAUCAAAGUUUGAGCAGUACAAACUUAUGGUUGGUGAUCGACUCUCACCUGAUGACACUCAUCGCAUGAAUAGCUAUCUAGACAGGAUCAAAGUUUUGGAGCACUGAAUAUUUGGUCACUACCGAAUGCCUCUUUGUUUCUUUGACAAAUUGCCUAUGAUGAUGUGUGAAAUUUAAAUCUCUGUAGUCAUGGGCAUAGGCUACAUGUGUUAUUUAUGCUAGUUCAGUGCACACUCUUCACAGAAGAUUGCAUCUUCUGUUUAGUUUGUUCUCUGACUUACCAAUUUUCCUGAAGUUUAGCUGUGGUAGUACCUACUGUAUGGUAUAGAGUUACAGCUUUCCUGAAGUUCACAUGAUUCGUUAUGCUCUUAUUUUUGACCCUGCAGCCAGUUUCUUCCACUUGCCUUUCACUUUAAUUGUCUAGAUUUAUAGGAAGAACAUAAUCUAUUUAAUAUUUAUUGAUUAGCUUUUAUACUAACUGUAAUGAAUCUGUUGCUUGAAGAAAUUGAAGCCAAGUAUUGU